UUCACAUGUGACCAGUGUGGAAAGAUGUGGCCUUUUGCUUCCAGUCUCAAAGUUCACUACAGAACUCACACAGGAGAGAAGCCAUUUAAAUGUGACCGGUGUGGAAUGGAAUUUCGACGGUCUGAUCAUCUGGAUCGACACAUGAGAGUCCACACGGGAGAAAGGCCAUACAGCUGUGACCAGUGUGGGAAGGCAUUUAAACAGUCUAGUGCACUAAAAGUACAUAUGAGAAUCCACACAGGAGAAAGCCCGUACAGCUGUGACCAGUGUGGGAAUGAAUUUAGAGACUCGGGUACACUCAGAGCACAUAUGAGAAUCCACACAGGAGAACGACCGUACAGCUGUGACCAGUGUGGGAAUGAAUUCAAACAGGCUUUUGCACUCAGAGCACAUAUGAGAAUCCACACAGGAGAAAGCCCCUACAGCUGUGACCAGUGUGGGAGAGCAUUUAAACGCGCUGAUGCACUCAACAUACAUACGAGAAUCCACACAGGAGAAAGCCCCUACAGCUGUGACCAGUGUGGGAAGGCAUUUAAAAGUGCUGAUGCACUUAAAGUACACAUGAGAAUCCACACAGGAGAAAGCCCGUACAGCUGUGACCAGUGUGGGAAGGCAUUUAAAAGUGCUGAUGCACUUAAAGUACACAUGAGAAUCCACACAGGAGAAAGGCCAUACAGCUGUGACCAGUGUGGGAAUGAAUUCAAACAGGCUUUUGCACUCAGAGCACAUAUGAGAAUCCACACAGGAGAAAGCCCCUACAGCUGUGACCAGUGUGGGAAGGCAUUUAGAGAUUCGGGUACACUCAAAGUACAUAUGAGAAUCCACACGGGAGAACGACCAUACAUAUGUGACCAGUGUGAGAAAGCUUUCUCUCAUUCAUCCAAUCUGAAUAGACACAUGAGAAUUCACAGUUGUUCUACACUGUAUGAGUGUGGUCAGUGUGAAAAGGCUUUUAAAACAUCGCAGCAACGCUCCAGUCACUACCGAACACACACAGGAGACAAACCAUACGACUGUGAAGAGAGUGGGAAGGCUUUAAGAUCUGUGAGGAACCGUCUGAACCAAGUUUCCAGACUGAAGAGAAAAGCAGCAGCUGUGACCAGUGUGGGAGGACCUGCUCAUCUGAAAGUGCACUGUCUUGAACACACUAAAGGAGACAGAGCUGCUGAGGCUGGAUCAUGUGAGGCUAAAGUCAGACUCAAAAAGCUGGAGAUCAGGCUUCAGAGACUCCAGACUGUGGAGUCGACCUCUGUGUAUCCCACUGUGACCGCGUCGUGUUACGGCUUUAAUCAAAGGAACUGUAACCUGGAUCGACACAUGAGAAUCCACACAGGAGAAAGGCCAUACAGCUGUGACCAGUGUGGGAAGGCGUUUCAACAGUCUAGUGCACUCAAAGCACACAUGAGAAUCCACACAGGAGAUAGGCCAUACAGCUGUGACCAGUGUGGGAAGGCGUUUAAACAGUCUAGUGCACUCAAAGCACACAUGAGAAUCCACACGGGAGUAAGGCCAUACAGCUGUGACCAGUGUGGGAAGGAAUUUAAAGAAUCAGGUUCACUCAAAGUACAUAUGAGAAUCCACACGGGAGAAAGGCCAUACAGCUGUGACCAGUGUGGGAAGGAAUUUAAAGAAUCAGGUUCACUCAAAGCACAUAUGAGAAUCCACACGGGAGAAAGCCCCUUCAGCUGUGACCAGUGUGGGAAAGCAUUUAAACGAGCUGAUGCACUCCAAAUACAUAUGAGAAUGCACACAGGAGAAAGGCCAUACACAUGCGACCAGUGUGGAAAGGCAUUUAAAUACUCGGGUUCACUCAAAUUACAUAUGAAUAUCCACACGGGAGAAAGGCCAUACAGCUGUGACCAGUGUGGGAAUGAAUUUAAAGAGGUUGGUGCACUCAAAGUACAUAUGAGAAUCCACACGGGAGAAAGGCCAUACACAUGUGACCAGUGUGGGAAGGCUUUUAAACACUCGGGUUCACUCAAAGUACAUAUGAGAAUCCACACAGGAGAAAGGCCAUACACAUGUGACCAGUGUGGGAAGCAAUUUAAAUAUUCUAAUGUCCUCCAUCAACAUAUGAGAAUCCACACAGGAGAACGACCGUACAGCUGUGACCAGUGUGAGAAAGCCUUCUCUAUUUCAUCCAAUCUGAAUAAACACAUGAGAAUUCACAAUUGUUUUAGACUGUAUGAGUGUGGUCAGUGUGAAAAGGCUUUUAAAACAUCGCAGCAACGCUCCAGUCACUACCGAACACACACAGGAGACAAACCAUACGACUGUGAAGAGAGUGGGAAGGCUUUAAGAUCUGUGAGGAACCGUCUGAACCAAGUUUCCAGACUGAAGAGAAAAGCAGCAGCUGUGACCAGUGUGGGAGGACCUGCUCAUCUGAAAGUGCACUGUCUUGAACACACUAAAGGAGACAGAGCUGCUGAGGUUGGAUCAUGUGAGGCUAAAGUCAGACUCAAAAAGCUGGAGAUCAGGCUUCAGAGACUCCAGACUGUGGAGUCGACCUCAGUGUAGAGUCAAA